AUGACAAGUUCCGGGAGGAUAGUGCGACGACCAGCGAUUUUAGCAUCGAGCGAUGAUGAAGAAGAAGAAGAUGAUGAUGAUGGUGACCGCGAAAAAGCUGCUCGCAUCAACUCCGAUGAUGAGGAUGAAGAGGAAGGCACGGCCAAGGACAACGAGGAGGAGGAGGAGGAUGAUGAGGAGGAAGAGGACCCCGAUGAUGAGGACCCCGAUGAUGAGGACCACGAUGAUGAGGAAGAAGAGGAGGAGUUUACUACUAAGCAAAGAGUGAAGGAAAUGUACAGUAAGCAAGAAAAGAGCCCUAGAGCCAUCGCNGGGAGGAUAGUGCGACGACCAGCGAUUUUAGCAUCGAGCGAUGAUGAAGAGGAAGAGGAGGAGGAAGACGAUGGUGACCGCGAAAAAGCUGCUCGCAUCAACUCAGAUGAGGAGGAGGCGGAAGGCACCGCCAAAGACGACGAGGAGGACGACGAUGACGAGGAAGAGGAGGAAGAGGACCACGAGGACGAGGAAGAGGAGGGCGACGAAGAGGAAGAGGAGGAGGCUCGAGAUUCAGCCGUCGCCUGCGACUCUGACGCGACCAUCGAGGAGGACGGCGGCGGAACAGAUAAGGAGAACGCGGCCGCCGAUGGCCGUCGACGAUCACGACGA